UUCUUUGGACAAGGAUGUACACAAAAGGCUUCAAGCUUCUGGCUCUGAAGCUGCGUCGUAAAAUUGACGUACUCUGUAGGUAUAGAGCAAGAAAGUUUUCUACUUUGAUGCUGCUCCAACGUUCAAUUUCCGGCCAUCGAUUGCAUGAUAAGUUAUGUCUCUAUUUGUUUGGUGUUUGUUUCUUGGGCAUGCCACCAGCGAGUCUGCUUGAAGCCAUCUUACCUACCUGACCCAAGGCCCCUUAUGCGUUGAUACAGGCCACGCCCGUCUACAAAGUCGAACCGAUCCGGCGAGUCGCUACGAUUCCCCGCCAUGCGAAACAUUAAAACAUGAGUUCUGCGCUGUUCAAUCAACAACCUUACCUAGGUACCAACCUAUCUACCAGCCUAUUCCAAUAACCGGGUUGCCUUACUUGGGGUCUCCGCCCUUGAAUCGGACACUCGCAGCAUUGUGCAGCAGAUGUGCCUUGCGAGAUUGAACGCAAAAAAAAAAAAAAAAAAAAAAAAAAAAAAAAAAAAAAAAACUUAUUGGUACAGUACACCGCCUCGCCAAACACGGCAUUUCCCUUGGUAGUCAUUUCACGAAUACCUUGCCAAGCUUGCUUCCCUACUUUGCCCACUCCCCUUACAUCCGGGACUGAGUGCCGCCGAUCGACAAGCGAUUUGACUCAGCCGCACACUCCCUGCUGAUGGCAGAAAAGCAAUAACACUUCGGAGAGCACUUUGCAUGGUGUCUUUGCAAUUUCCACAGGAAUCUGGCCAAAGAUCCUACAUACACCGCAAGUGAACAGAGACAUCAACCGGAGUAUUCACGGCGACUCGGGCUACCUUGUUGCGAUGUUGGCAUCAUGACAUCGGGUGUUGGCACCGUGAAGACGGACGACAUGAAGGCAAAUUCUCCGUACAGUACCUUUCAUGGCCCGUUUGCCCGUAUUCCUUCGUACCUCGUACCUGAAGCGGUCGGUACCGUGGCAAGCUUGGACAAUUCCUUCUAGCCAAAAGCAAUAAUUCCCUGCAUAUACAAGCUCGAGCAGCUCGAACUGUGGGUUGUCUCAAGCUGCACGGUUUCUGACCAGGCAAACAAGUAUCGGUUUUGUUUGUUUCUAAUCCAUACCUCCUCAUGUCGUCAUCGAAAAACACAUCCGUGGAGAAAAGGAGAAAUUAAUUUGGUAACCUCUGCGUCUAUGCAGAACUAGUAGGACCAGCAAAACCUACACAUGCCGUUGCCCACCUAUCGGCGUUUCUAAGUGCGAUCUCUCCGAUGCUUGCUCCGGACGUCCGGUUAUCAGACGCUAGCGCACACACAUGUAUGUCCAUACAGAUAUGGGUACGCGAAGUCUCUGUCCGUGCGUAACGCAACCCAGUUAUACGGAUAAGCCCAACAUCGGGACGGGCGACGGGUACUCAGUGCCUUGCAUGUCAUGUCGGACCAAAGUUUGUGUGGCGCAUUCGUCAAAAGCCUGCGCUGUUCACCGUGUCCAGGCCAUCAGGCGCAGAAAGCAGCCACACAGACAUGUUGUGGUCAAAGAAGAAAGAAGAACGUGAGAAAAAAUAGAAUCCAGCCUGGCAUCAAACUUCAGCUGGCAACGUCCGAAUGCGUUCGAGACCAUCAACAAGUGAAAUGACGGCAAUUCACUGGAACGGCUCAACAUGUUGACGAGCCGCGGGGAGCGCAUUUGAUAUUACCAAAAAAAACCGUCCUCAACGGCAGGUGAGAUCUCGGCCCUCUUUAACUCGCCGCUAUUGUGUACAUACCUUUGCUUCUCUGCCGUCCCUGGUAGCAAAAGCGCUUAGAGUAUGGGGUUCCGACGAUCGUUCUCGAAUCUUAUGUCUCAUCCGACUGAUUAUGUCCACCAUCUGUGCUCGACUGUCGUCCUUUAUUUUACGUCCUUCCCUGCGCUCCUUGACUUUGCAGUUUAAUACCUCGGACCGCCGCUGUCUUAUGCUGUCAGAUUCCCUCGGGCUCGUUCGCUAAAGUCACGGCUACUUUCGUGGCCAGCCUCUCUUUAUUUUCGGUUGUGCUGUGCCCUCGUACCAGAAUACGGCAACGGCUAAGAGGGUGGACGCGAGUGCGUUUUCUGCUAUUAGGGUUUCAUUUUCCUUCCCUCCCACUUUCACUCUUUUCUUUGUUUCAUUAAUCGCCUCUACCACUGCGAUAUCAGUGAGGUCUACGUCGCGAAAGAUAUCGACAAAAUGUCAGACUCACCACCGUCAGGAGGCCCUGGUGGCCCAGGAGGCCCUGGACCCGGCGGUCCACAGCAACCUUCAUCACCGCCGUACCUGCCAUCAUACGCUAUCCUGGGCGGUAACCCUACAGUUCCUCUGGAUGUGCCUAUCUCAACAGUCUUCAUGGCAAUAUUCAUUGCCGCAGGAGCUGUUCAUAUGGGUGUUUUCCGCGCAAAUAUCAAACGCGACCACAAAUUCGUCUUUUCAGCCCUUCUCUUCGUAUUCUGUCUCGCCAGGGUUUUCGCCCUCAUCACUCGCAUUGUUUGGGCCGCACAUCCCGACAACUUGAGCGUUGCCGUGGCAUCCAACGUACUUGUGGCAGCCGGCGUCGUCCUCUUGUUCUUGGUGAACCUCAUCUUCACCCAGCGAAUCGUCCGAUCGUAUCAUCCGCAGUUCGGCUGGCAUAAGAUUACUAACGGAGCCUUCAUCGCCACUUUUGCUCUGGUAAUUGCGCUGCUUAUAAUGCUCAUCACGGCGACAGUUCAUUCAUUCUUCACCCUCGAUCCCGAAGUUCGAGCCAAAGACCGCGACGUGCAACUGGUAGGCGCGACACUGCUGGCCCUCCUGGCAUUCUUGCCUUUCCCCAUCGUGGUCCUGGCCAUCAUGUGGCCGUACCGGCAGUCGGGUCCUGAGAAAUUCGGCUACGGCAGCCUUCGAGCACAGGUCUUCCUCGUGAUGACCACCUCGUUGUUGUUGACGGUCGGCGCUGGCUUCCGCACGGGCGUAGCCUACGACCCACGCCCAUUAAGGGAGUCGGCAUGGUUUCUCACCAAACCGUGCUUCUAUAUAUUCAACUUUGGCAUCGAAGUUAUCGUCGUCAUCAUCUAUGCCGCGGCCCGUGUUGAUCGCCGCUUCUGGGUAGGAGACGGCAGCAAGGCGCCAGGUGACUACAUCGCCUCGCGUCGCGCCAGUAUGCUUCCGGUCUACAGGGAGCAGAACCGUCGCGAAAGCAUGCUUCCUGGGAUGUUACAGCCGCCACCGGGCAUUUCAUCGGGACGGGCCUCUCGUGCACGGUCUACAUUCGCCGACAACAUCCAGGAGCUCGAGGGAGUGGCAUCUGGGUCGGAUGCACCAUUUACCUCAGCUUCGGACGGGCCGUCUGUCCGCUCGCGUGAGAUUGAGUGGGAGAAACGUGCUCAGCAUGAGCUGGAGAAGCGCAUCAGUGAUGGAGACGUCCAAGUCCCCAGCGCACUCAACACAGGCGACACUGAUGGCGCCGUUCCGGAGCACUUGCUGUCGAAGGUACCACGGGAUGAGUAGAAUGACGCAUCUCAGCACGUCCGGCUAAAGAGCACUAGGAAUCCUUGACGUUCACCUUGCACUUGGCUGAGCUGAGGUAACUCUGCAAGUGGUAAACCUAUUUCUGGGCUUUUUUGUUUUUCCUUUUGUACCUUUUUUCCUUUUUACUUUUUUCCUUUGUUGCAUAAAAAAAGCAUAGCGUUGCUUCACAGGGCGAGCGUCGGGGAAACUCAGGUAGUGGACGCUCGACUUCUCCCUACUACUUUUUUUGUAAUAGAAGUCCAGACGCCUGGCUGAAACAGGGAAGGAACAGAUGUGUCUUGUUGUAUCCCUCUCAGCUCUGGCCUGCUUCGUUUCCGCUGUGUCGUGGACUCAGAAAUAGCUCAUAACUAGCCACCAGUCUCUUGUUAAUUCUUUUGUGAUCUACUUGUUGUCAUUGCACUAUCCAAAAUCAUCACUUGAGCCAUGAUACCGGAAGCCGUUAGUAAUUCCUACCAGCGGAAGCUUGUA